CAUCCACACUGACGUCAGAGCUGUUCAUUCAUUCACACUGAUGUUAGCGUUUUCAUUCAUUCAUCCACACUGACUGACGUCAUGAAUCGUCAGUGUGUGAAUUGUCUGAAAACUUUGAUCACAUGUCUCAACUUUCUCUGCUGGCUGUGCGGCGCGUUCGUGGUAGCCUUCGGUGAGUUCCAGAUGAUGCACUCGAGGUUCGCGUCGCUCGUCACGACGUUCUGGCCGAUCUUUCCCGCCAACACUCUGGUCGUCACCGGCACCAUCGUCACCUGCGUUUGUUACCUGGGAGUUUUAGGAGGAAUAAAGGAAAACCGCUGCAUGCUCAUCACUUUUUUCGUGCUGUUGUUUAUUCUGAUGCUGGUGGAGUUGGCCAUGGCCUGUGUGUUCCUGGUCUAUAACAGAGAGAUCGACUCGUACUUUGAGAGAGACCUGAAGAAAAGUUUGGAGAUUUACAGAGAGUCCAGUCCUCAGAGCAACAAAACCAUUAAAGACGACUUUGAUGCCGUUCAGCACCUGUUUCAGUGCUGUGGAGUUUACGGCAUCUCCGACUGGAAGGGAAACGUCCCGCUCUCGUGCUGCGUGGAGGAUCCGUGCGACGUCCUCGCUCACUCUGACUGGCAGGAGGGUUGUCUCCACAAACUGAGGGACUGGUUUGCCAGAAACUACCUGAGCACAGGAGCAGGCGUCGUGACCAUGUUCAUCAUACAGUUUUUCUGUCUCUGUGUCUCCGUCCCUCUCUUCUGCCACUUCAGCCGUCACGGACUGACUUACCAGUAAUAAACUAGAAUCAAAGAAACAGACACUUUCUGCUUUACCCUGUAAAAAUAAACUAUAUAUAUAUGUAUAAUUACAUUUAUUGUUAAUAAAUAAACUUGUUUAGUUUCGCUUUAAAACUAAAACAAUGACAUUUAACAUGACGUCACUGUGGAUCUGGUGUUAAACACAAGAACAGAAAGAUGAAUUAAUACGAGAAGAAUUUGUGAUUAUUUUGCUUUUAGUUUUUAUUGAUUUUGUCGAUAAACGAGACGACUGAAAUUAUUGUUUGCAACAAUCAUCACACGUGCAGAGCUGAGUCUGUGUUUGAUUAAAAGUUUAUUUUCACUUG